AUGCAACGCAGAUCCCCACCUCACAAACCCGUUGUCAUGCGCGCAUACGGUGGCCAAGCCCCUCAUGCUCUCGCCAGCUUUGAUUUGAAUCGAGAUGAUCGACUGUCAAUGCCGAGGUGUGGCUCUAUGGUGCCUUCGCUCGCCGCGCCCGACACGCUCGUACUCUACGCCGAACGCUCGCUUGGACCUCGUCCAAACUCGCGACUUGCCGAGCCCACUAGCAGCUUUGCGCAUACCUCGCUCUGCGACGCACCCAUCGAUAUGCAAGCGCCUCGAAUGGUCAGGAUGGUUCGACAGGACCGCCGUCAGGUCAAUCCAGCUGCUUUCUCUGGAGUGACGGAUCAGAUCUCCAACCUUGGACAGAGUGCGGGCGACAAAGCGUCGAAAGCCACGUCCGGACUCACGCGCACGCAGACAUCCUUGGUCAUCGUCUUCUGCAUCAUCGGAUCCGUCGCCGUCGUCUCGGCACUCUUCUGGGUCUGCUCGUACUCGCGACGCAAGAAGCGCUCCCGGGAGAUGAAGGAGAAGGCAGAGCUGCUUCAGUCCUCGUCGCCAUCCAGCUCCAUGCGCUUGCCUAAGACCACAGCCGCGGCUCCACCCAAGCGCGCGUCGCGAUCCUUGAACACAUACAACGACGGCUGGGGUGAGAGCAGAGUUGCCUUGAACUCGAGCUUCGUUGCAUCGACCAACGAGCGAUAUGGAUGGGAUCAGAGUCAGACGCACCUGGCCAAGCCAUCACUCCCACCGUCUGGCGAGGAUAAGCAGCUUCGUUGGUCUGAGGCCGUCAAUGUGCAGGCCGCGGGCUUACAUGCAACGGCGCAUGUCGGCCACGGUGCCUGCAUGACAUCCAAGGCUGCGCAAAGGGCCCCAGCGCCGAAGACCAGGACGCAGGCGGAGCUCGGCACGGCAACGCAGGCAGCACCGGAAGACGUUCAGCCCAAGAACUUCACGGUGCUCGUAGCUACGAUAUCAGAAGCCGCAAACGACGGCACAAAGGACAUCACUUCAGAUCCGAUGGAGCCGCGGCGACGUCACUUUCUGAUGGUUCCAGUAUUCCGCACUUCGAGCAUGCUUGCCUCAGGCUGGACAGCAUGCAUGUGUUCAACAGCGCCAGGGACCGGGACGGUUCAUAGGAGGAUGUGGAAAAAUCAAGAUAGGGGCGAGUGUGCGGCCAGCAGGGCUGCAGAGGGUCGAGCGAAGCUUGUCGGGCGCGCAGCCACCACCGCCAUCGAGAUUGAGUUGCAACCUUUGCUCGCCAUCCUUCCAUCAUCCUCAAGGCUCACCCCCCACACAUUAUUCAAGAUGGUCCGAUACGCUUUCGACGACUCCAAGCUCGUGGAGAAGACCGCCAAGUCGCGCGGCGAGUACCUCCGUGUUCACUUCAAGAACACCCGCGAGACCGCCGCCGCCGUCAACGGCCUGAAGCUCCAGAAGGCUUACGCCUACCUCGGCAACGUCGUCGAGAAGAAGCAGUGCAUCCCCUUCCGCCGCUUCAACGGCGGUGUCGGCCGCACCCAGCAGGCUAAGGAGUUCAAGACCACCCAGGGUCGAUGGCCCGUCAAGUCGGUCAAGUUCCUCCUUGCUCUGCUCAAGAACGCCGAGUCCAACGCCGAGGCCAAGGGCCUUGACACCGAGGAGCUCAUCAUCCGCAACAUUGUCAUCCAGCAAGCUCCCAAGACGCGCCGCCGCACGUACCGUGCUCACGGCCGCAUCAACCCUUACGAGGGCCACCCCAUCCACGCCGAGAUCCUCCUCGCCGAGCCCGCCGCCCAGGUCCCCAAGGCUGCCUCGUCUGACCUGACUGUGCGCCUCAACAAGCGCCAGCUCGCCCAGAAGCGCAUCACCGCCGCCCGUGCCACCAAGGCCUAA